UCCUCUAAGCAUAACUGACUAUUGGUUGAUCAUUAAAUUAGAUCCUCCCUAUCUACCUAGGUAUUCAUUGUUUCAUUUACUAUCAAACAAUGUCAAGAUGAAGCCCCCUUCGAACAUCGAUGCAGUGGCCAAGAAAAUCUCAGGGAGCCUUUGAAGUUCCAGCUUGCGAAUUUUAUAGGCAAGUAAUGUUUAAUCCAUAUAUUAGCAUCACCUUGCUUAUUGUUUGUAGGAAAAUGGGGCUUUUCCGGGGCUUUUCCGAGGCAAUAGGUUGGUCGUCUCUCUAGCCUCUUCUAAAAGUACAACUGGUACGGUGACUCGUACUGUGUCCGAAGAACAUCUACCCUACUAUUCAGACGUCUUCGCGGAUAAAAUCAGCUCGUCACACGUCACGAGUGACAGCGAUGAAGAGAAAGUCGAGACGAUGGCGCUCGAUGAGUGGGAUGCCGAGACUUUCGAUAUGGCACUUCAGUGGAUGUAUAGUGGCAACGUCAUCAUCAGUAAAUCGUCUAAACCUUUUGACCAAGUCCGAUCGUAUAUUCAAUUUUUUAAGAUUGUAAAAGCAUUAGAACUCGACGGCUCUCUCCAAAUGGUAGAACAGAACCUUAAGAAUACACUUAUUGCCGCAGCGGAAAAAGAGGAUGACGAGGAUGGAGAUGCAUUCAACUGCAACUCAACAUUUAAAGAAGUGCUUUAAGAUGCUUUUACAAAUCCUGUAGAAGAAUCUGCCCGAGAGCUGCUAGCAAGUUUCCUCGCCGAGCCGUAUGUCAAGCACCUGCUUACUGCUGAUACUACUAAUGCGAAAUCGACGGCAAAAACUUUCAAGGAUUUACUUAAAGAAGUUGAUGGUCUGGGAUUGAGGGUUUUGAGAUUCGUAGCCUCAUUGUUGGAUGGUAUGACGAUGGGUAAGCUGGAGACUGGUGGCCUUUCCCGAUUGUUUAUGCGCUGUCCGUUGACGGGAAAGAGAUUUGCGACGGGUAGCAUGUUUAAGCGAACGGUUUUAGCAGCGCAGUAGGGUGGUUACUUGAGGUUGAGGUAUCUGGAUAAAAGGAAUGGGCUUCUAUAGUUAACUGGUGGAU